GUGGAAAUUUUCCCGCGUGAGUGAGUUGCCGCCCCUGACAAGUUUGCCUGUUUCGUCAGAUGUGAUUGCGCUGUGGAAGAUGGAGGCAGCCGGUGACCAACAGAUCAGUGAAGAAAUGCUUCAGAGCAUUCAAUCAGCUGUUGGGUCCUCCACUGGUGUGAUUGGUCAAGUACAGGUCAUAGAGACUGAAAAUGGACCAAUGACAGUUAUCUUUAUGGAGGAGGGGGCAGAGUCCUCCGAUUUCUCCACACAAACUGCUCAGCAAAUGGGCCUUAUGUCUGGAGACGACAAUGUGCAGUACCAGUUCAUUCAGGACGGAGAGAACUACACAACUCAGGUGUACGAGGCUGGUCAGGAGAGCGUCUUGACUACAUCCACAGAUUCCUUGCUGACGGGGAUGGAUGUUACACAGCAGCAAAUUACAGAUCAAACGCAGUUCGCUGUGUCGGAUACUGACACAUACUACAUUACAGAAACUGGAGAGAUAGUGAAAAUUGAAGGUUCUCUGCUGGACUAUGGUGAGGGGCAGCAGGGCUUUAUCCAGUCAAAUCAGGCAUUUGAAACGCAGACCAUUAUGUCAGAUGAUGCAUCUCUGGUCACUCGAAUUCCCACUGUGGUCUCUGAGUCGACUGUUGUAACUUCUCAAACAACAAUCCCAGAUUCAUCCAUCAUUUCAGGUGUGUUUGAAGACCAGACAGUUCUGCCUGACACUCAGACUGUUUUGCCAGAUACAACAGUUCACACAGGAGCACAGGAUAACUUUGAAUUCACAGCAGUCAAAGUUCCUGCAGUACAAAUUCAGACUGCCAGUACUUUUACAUCGACAGGCGGCAAAUCACUUCUGUCUACAGGCAUCAAGCAACCGCCCAUUGCAUUUACCAAUACUGUUGUUCAAAAUCCAACUGGAGCAACAAGGACAGUCCAGGUGCAGAGACCCGGCCAGCAGUCGACAUCCUAUCCAAAACAAAGUCCGAUUCAAAGUGGGGGGGCCUUCACAAGCUACAUUAAUCCUACCCAUUUGACUCAGAAAAUUAAAACACAACCAAUUACCUACCAAAUUCAUAGCAAGCCAAUUAAAAAUACUGUCACUGUAAAACCGAAGGAAGUCACAAUUCAAACUGCAUACAAACCAACAACAUACCAACAAUCAGUUCAACCGUCGAGUGUACAGACUAUCAUUUCAAGCCCAGUUAUUACGUCAAACAAAAGUGUCAAUACCCAGACAAAAUAUUCAGCAAAGGUGUCGACAACAUUGCAGCCUGCCGUGAUUAAGAAAAUAGCUGUUCCCCCAAGUCAGCAAAUUGGAACUCCAGCAAUUAACAGACUUGUGAAAGUUCCAGCUAAGCAGAACAAGUUAAACCAGAUCUCUGUUACUCAGCAGCGUGACAGAGAAGUCAAACAUGCGUCUGAUAUGCUCUCAAAUGUCAUCCAUGCUGUGGACUUUAACCUGCCUGGUGCAAAGUCCAUACCUGCUGCCUCACCCAUAUUGAAGCCAAGUGUUGUCACUAAAGCCACUACAAGUAUGGCUAGUGUUCCAUUUGCCACUUCGGCUGUAAGAAAUACUGGACCAGUCACCACAUCAGUGUCAGACCUGGACAUGUUGUCUAUGGUUACUCAGGCUUUAAAUUCGGGGUCGCUAGAUCAGCUGACUGGAUCCCUGGACAUUACAAACAUGGCAAGAACCGCUGUUCAGCAAACUGUAACUUCCCACCUGGAGACACCAUUGUUGAAUCAUAUGGAGAAAGAUACUGCAAGUAUGGCUGAUACUUCCACAAUGGAUAUGGAUGAUUUGGAUUCCUCACUGGCAAUGGAUACCCACCAAGAUGUUCCCAGCCCUACUGCCAUAUCCACCACAUUUAAGCAUACAGAACAGACAGUGUCUGGAGCACGUGCCAAUGGUGCAGACGUGGAGCCCCCAGCACUUCCUGACAGCACGGGAUCUGAGCAGGCCAGCCCUAGUAAGACUGAUGUCAAUGACAAGGUUACAGCUAGUGAGACAGCCAGUGCCAUCAAGCCUGUCACUGCAAGUUCUACAGUGGAGAAACCCAAGAUGAAGAGUAUCGAUGUUCCUGACUCAGAUGUUACCAUUGAGCUGUAUGCAGAUGGUACCCUGGUGACUAAGGACCGUGCCGGAACCAAUUAUUCAAAGGUAAGACUGGAGGAUCUGGGUCUAGAUCAGGCAAUGCUGGCUGGAAAUACAGACAUAGAGCUGCUCAUUGUGCAGGGGGAUGGGAAAGAAGUGCGAGCCACAAUCAAUACAAACAUACUGAACAACAAGGACACAGGGGCUUCUGAGAAGGCAAAAGUUGUUUCAGACUAUAAAAUUCCUAAAGAGUCGCUUACUGGAAAUGAGCUUAGGCCAUACAAGUGUUCCAUGUGUCCAAGAACUUUUAAAUAUUAUAAGACAUUCAGAUGUCAUGAACUUGUUCAUACAAAAGCUGAAACAUACACGUGCCACCUUUGUAAACGUGUUUUCGCCAGGGAAACAAACCUGGCAUCACAUUUAGAGUUGCAUCAGAAAAAAGCAGCCAUGGGUAUUCACUCUGUGAAAGACAAAAUAAAUAGAGAACGUAGAGCAAAAGAGCUAUUAGCAAAAAGUGUGCCGAAAAGAGAAUGGAAUUGCACUGAGUGUGACAGUGUGUUUACAGAGAAAAGUCUUCUUAAAGAACAUGUUAGUAAAGAGCACAAGUCUGAAUUUGAGAAGCUGUGUGAGUUUUGUGACAGAAAGUUUCACAGUGAAUACUCGCUGCAUAAGCACUUAAUGUUGCACAAUGGACCAUUUGCAUGCACACAUUGUGAGAACAAGUAUGAGGACAGAGAACUGUUCAUGAAACACAUGGAAGCUGAUCAUUUGGACAAGAUUUUCAAGUGCACAAUAUGCCCUAUUCCAAAAAUUAUAUUAACACGUCAAUUCCUCGAGUACCAUUUGGACAAUAGGCAUGAAGGGGAAUCUGAAGAAACCUUAAAGCCCAUGAUGGACCUUCUGUAUGUUGCUGAAUGUGAAAUUUGCGGAUUGAAAUUCAUGAAAAAAUCUGCUCAUAAGGAGCACAUGGAUAUGAUUCAUAUGGAAGACAGACCUGAACCGUGUCUUUUCUGCGAGCAGAGUUUUAUGAAAAAGACCCAAUUGCAAUCACAUGUUAAAAGGGUCCAUAACAAUUUGGGUCUCCUGGAAUGUAAGAAAUGUGGCCUCAACAUUUUGGGGAAAGAUUUUGCCAAUCAUCAAAGAAUCAUGCAUGAGGGUCCUUACUACUGUGAACAUUGCAAGAAAACCUUUGAUAUGAGAAAUGACCUAGAGAAGCAUCAGUUUGAUGAACACGAUGGUGGUUUCAGCUGCAAGAAAUGUGACGUGAAGUUCACUUACUCGCAUCUCUUGAAAAGUCAUCUUGCAAACCACGCACCUGGUUCCCAAACAUUCCUUUGUGAAGACUGUGGUGAGGCUUUUGAGAUAAAACCUCAGUACAAGUCUCAUCUUGUUUCUGCCCAUUUUAAGGGGAACCAAACAGAAAUGUUGAAAAUCCAUCCUGAAAUGAAAAAUGUUCAAAAUGCUCUCACCUGUUACAUUUGUGGCAAUUUCAACUUUGAAUUUAAACCUGUUUUUGUGAAGCACAUAAGAGACCAGCAUUUUGGAGGGGACAUUGAGCAAGCAUACAGGACAUUUCCAUGGCUGAAGCAAAAUUUUCCCCCACCAGGUGAAGCUCCAACUUGUGACACAUGUAACAAGCAAUUUCAAAAUGCAGGAGGUUUGAAAGCGCACAUGAGAUCUCAUAUGCCGUCCAAGUCUGCUAAAAGAAAAAAAGAUGGACACAGACUGACUCAGAUCUCACUGAGUUAGACA